AUGAAGGCUGUAUCAAUCCUCUUCCUCGCCAGCCUUGCAGCAGCAGCUGUUACUGAUCCGGGGUUCAAUGCCGCUCACGAUGAGCUUGCGCGAGAUCUCGAAGCCGUCACUGAGGGUUCUAAUCUCCUUGAGAGAGAUGAAGAGGAGACGCCUAGACCUUUCCAUUUCGCGAGGAGUUCCGAGGAUGAGGAGGAAGACGGUCUGACAACUCGUGAUACGGAGGAAACCCCACGACUUGUUGAGCUCAUUGCCCGACAAGGAAACGGUACUGCGGGUGGUGGAAAAGGAAAAGGUGGUAAAGGAAAGGACAAUGAGAAUGGAAAGGGAAAGGGCGGAAACAAGUGCCAAUGCGACCAGGGGAAGAAGAGAGGCAAGGAUGCCAAGGGCAAAUCUUGCAAAUGCCGCAACGGAAACAAGAACAAGAACAAGGGGAAGAACAACGAAGGCAAGGAAAAUGGAAAGAAAAACAACGAAGGCAAAGAAAAUGGGAAGAAGAACAACGGCAAGGAGAAUGGCAAGAACAACGGAAAGAACAACGAGGGAAAGAACAAUGAGGGAAAGAAGAAUGACGGAAAGAAGAAUGACGGAAAGGAUAAGAACAAGGGCAAUGGCAAUGCUGGUAACAACAACAAGAACAACAACAACAACAACAACAACAACAACAACAACAACAACAACAAUAACAACAACAAUGGCACUGCUAUCGACAACGGCAAAAAGAACAACGGUGGUGGCGACAAGGGCAAGAACAAGGAGAAUGGAGGAAAGAAGAACAACGCCUCCAGCGGAUCUGGUGCAGCUGCAGCUGGCGAUGCUUGA